GUUUCAACGCUAUCUUUAUCAAGUAUAAUCCUUCCUUCCAUCCUUUCAAAAAAGGAGAAAACUUGCAAACUAGGAAACUUAUAAUUUGACAACUUAUCAAAAACAUCAGAAAAGAUGAGCAUGGCAUACGAAGAACAAGGUCGGUCGUUAUACAACAACAUCAACAAUUAUUACAAAACGAUGAUGAUGCAAAGAAAACCCACCAAUUUCUUCAAUUCCAUUUUCAUGUCAACUGUAAACAUGGCAACCAACAUGCUUCUUUCAGUCGUUUCCAAAAACUAUACUCUAGAUUUUUCAACCCCUAAUAAUAUUAACAAUAAUAAAUGGACUGUCAAAGAUCAUAUGAGAUUUGUGUCAUUAUUAUUCACUUGGUUUACCAUGUGGGUUUUACGUCUUGUUAACGAUUUUAUCCCUUCUGUUGGUGAUUUUCUCCCUAAUUUUCUCUCUCCUCAUAAUCAUCAACUUAGUAAUACUUCUGUUGUAGUACAUGGGAAUAAUACUCAUCGUAAGAGGAAUAAUAAUCAGAUGCAGCAGAUGUAUGUUGAUGUUGGUGAGAGUGAUAAUGGAGUAUUAGGUGGGUUAUCUUCAACCGUUGGAUCUUCUUCUUCUUCAUCAUCAUCAUCAUCGCUUGAGUUGGUAACUGGUGGUUGUACAUCAAGAAUAUCAUCAUCAACGUAUUCUCCAGUGCAGAAUUUGGAUUUGAUAUCUUAUGAUGGGUUUUUGAUUGAUGGUUAUGAUCGUAGUGGACAAGCUGGUCAGUCUAUUGAAGCCCUCACUAGAGCACUCUCCCAUAUACUAGCUCUACUAAAUGAGCUACCAGCAACAUCAAGGAAGUACGAGUUUGCAAUAGCAAUGGCUGACAGACUACUCGAUGAGAACACUCGUGAUGGUAAGGCCGAGCUUUUUCACGUCAAUCGCAUAGCAUUGUCCUCGGCAUUCGAGUGUACGAUCAAUCGACUACAUCGCACGCUCAACAAUGCCGCGAAAGCUCAUGCUAAUGAAGCCAGCAAUCGCGGUGGUCCAUGGAGCAUACGUGCAAUAAGGAAACUUCCCUUAGGAUCCUACAUCGCGGCCUACAUGAAGGGUGGUCUGAGUGCUGUUUUUCCAGCCUUGCAGUCAUUGGGGGAACUCCAAAAGAGGCGGUCCUUUAUGGUUGACGAUAGCGAAGAUGAAUAUGUGGGGAGUGAUCAAAGUGUAGAAGUGGUGGGUGCGGAGAAACUAGCACAAGAAUUGUUAUGGAUAAUGCACAAACUUAGGGCAUGUCAUGCUGUGGAUGAAGCCUUAGUGCAAUGGAGUCUUGCAUCUAACUUGGCUUCCCUUUCUCUCAAUGUCAAUCCAAGGCUGCAAGCUCUUCUCAUUAAAAUAUCUGCUUCAUUAUUGGGAGACAUCGCUCGAGCAGAGUUCAAGGUUCCUACACAGGUUCAGUACAGAUUGUUAGUGCUUUGGCUUCCAUUAUUCUGCUACGCGAGCACCAGUUUAAGGUAUCCUGUGCUGUCAAGUUAUGAGAAAAUAGAUGUUGAGAAAACCAUGGAGCGAAUGAUAGCAGGCCUCUCAGCUAUGGAACAAGAGAUUGUGCUUAGAAAUUGGCUGCAAGACUUUGCUAUAUGCGCUUCAGAUUGGCCUAAUCUUCGACCGUCUUAUGAUCGUUGGUGCCAAUCUUCCCGUCAACUUCUCGCGUAGACCAUAUGAUCUUGCAUCGUCGCUGAUUAUUAAAAUUAUGGUUUGUAUGUCUUGAAUGCUCGGUGAUGUUAUAUUAAUUUGUAUGGUAACUAGGCCUCUCCUAGAGGAAAUUUCCAUGUAUUGUGUUACGCUCUUCUUUUCUUUGUAGUCAAAGUAGCACUUAGUAGUUUGAAUGAGCUAGUCAAAUUGCUAGUGAAUGUGAAAGUAGUGCUUGGUAAGUUAAUUAUAGUGUUUGGAACUUUUUAAGGUUGAACACAAUUCAUUUUUUGCCUUUUUAUUAGGAGCAAUGAUAAA